AUGGUUUCAAAUGUUGAAAGAUUCAAAAUUGGGUCUACUUUCAUUUGUAACACACACGUAAUUCCAGUAAAAAACCAAGAGGGUGUGGCCAUGAUGUUCAUCAUUAAUUUUGAAUAUGUGACGGAUGAGGAAAAUGCUGCCUCCCCAGAGAGGGUAAACCCAAUAUUACCAGUCAAAACUGUAAACCGAAAACUUUUUGGGUUCAAGUUUCCUGGUCUGAGAGUUCUCACUUAUAGAAAGCAGUCAUUACCACAAGAAGACCCUGAUGUGGUAGUAAUCGAUUCAUCAAAACACAGUGAUGAUUCAGUAGCCAUGAAGCACUUUAAGUCUCCUACAAAAGAAAGCUGCAGUCCCUCGGAAGCAGAUGAUACAAAAGCCUUGAUCCAACCCAGCAAAUGUUCUCCCUUGGUGAAUAUAUCAGGACCUCUGGACCAUUCCUCUCCUAAGAGACAAUGGGACCGACUCUACCCUGACAUGCUGCAGUCAAGCUCUCAGCUGACCCAUUCCAGAUCGAAGGAAAGCCUUUGUAGUAUAAGAAGGGCUUCUUCGGUUCAUGACAUAGAAGGAUUCAGUGUCCAUCCCCAGAACAUAUUUAGAGACCGACAUGCCAGUGAAGACAAUGGUCGCAAUGUCAAAGGGCCUUUUAAUCAUAUCAAGUCGAGUCUCCUGGGAUCCACGUCUGAUUCCAACCUCAACAAAUACAGCACCAUUAACAAGAUUCCACAGCUCACUCUGAACUUUUCAGAUGUCAAAACUGAAAAAAAGAAUACAUCCCCUCCUUCUUCAGACAAAACCAUUAUUGCACCCAAAGUUAAAGACCGAACACACAAUGUGACAGAGAAGGUUACCCAGGUUCUCUCUUUAGGAGCAGAUGUCCUGCCAGAAUAUAAACUGCAGACGCCACGCAUCAACAAGUUUACGAUAUUGCACUACAGCCCUUUCAAGGCAGUCUGGGAUUGGCUUAUCCUGCUUUUGGUCAUAUACACUGCUAUAUUCACCCCCUACUCUGCAGCCUUUCUCCUCAAUGACAGAGAAGAACAGAAAAGACGAGAAUGUGGCUAUUCUUGUAGUCCUCUGAAUGUGGUAGAUUUGAUUGUGGAUAUCAUGUUUAUCAUAGAUAUUCUGAUAAACUUCAGAACAACAUAUGUUAAUCAGAAUGAAGAAGUGGUAAGUGAUCCUGCCAAAAUAGCAAUACACUACUUCAAAGGCUGGUUCCUGAUUGACAUGGUUGCAGCAAUUCCUUUUGACUUGCUGAUUUUUGGAUCAGGUUCUGAUGAGACAACAACAUUAAUUGGUCUUUUGAAGACUGCUCGACUCCUUCGUCUUGUCCGAGUGGCAAGGAAACUGGAUCGCUAUUCAGAAUAUGGCGCUGCUGUUUUAAUGCUUUUAAUGUGCAUAUUUGCCCUGAUUGCUCACUGGCUGGCUUGCAUUUGGUAUGCAAUUGGGAAUGUAGAAAGACCAUAUCUGACUGACAAAAUUGGAUGGCUGGAUUCCUUAGGACAACAGAUUGGCAAACGUUACAAUGACAGUGACUCAAGUUCUGGACCAUCUAUUAAGGACAAAUACGUCACAGCACUUUAUUUUACCUUCAGCAGUUUAACCAGUGUAGGAUUCGGGAAUGUGUCUCCUAACACCAAUUCAGAGAAAAUCUUUUCGAUUUGUGUCAUGUUGAUUGGCUCACUAAUGUAUGCAAGCAUUUUCGGGAAUGUAUCUGCAAUUAUCCAAAGACUGUACUCGGGAACUGCCAGGUACCACAUGCAGAUGCUGCGAGUAAAAGAGUUCAUUCGCUUUCACCAAAUCCCUAACCCUCUGAGGCAACGACUUGAAGAGUAUUUCCAGCACGCCUGGACUUACACCAAUGGCAUUGACAUGAACAUGGUCCUAAAGGGUUUCCCAGAAUGUUUACAAGCUGACAUUUGUCUACAUCUCAACCAGACUUUGCUGCAAAACUGCAAAGCCUUUCGGGGAGCAAGUAAAGGUUGCCUUAGAGCUUUGGCAAUGAAGUUCAAGACCACCCAUGCACCUCCAGGAGAUACCCUGGUUCACUGUGGGGAUGUCCUCACUGCACUUUAUUUCUUAUCCAGAGGCUCCAUUGAAAUCCUCAAGGACGACAUUGUGGUGGCUAUUCUGGGAAAAAAUGAUAUAUUUGGAGAAAUGGUUCAUCUUUAUGCCAAACCUGGAAAGUCUAAUGCAGAUGUAAGAGCUCUCACAUACUGUGACUUACAUAAGAUUCAGCGAGAAGAUUUGUUAGAGGUUUUGGAUAUGUAUCCUGAGUUUUCUGAUCAUUUUCUAACAAACCUGGAACUGACUUUCAACCUAAGGCACGAGAGUGCAAAGGCUGAUAUGUUACUCCGGUCACAAUCCAUGAAUGAUUCUGAAGGAGACAACUGUAAACUACGAAGAAGGAGAUUGUCAUUUGAAAGUGAAGGAGAAAGAGAUUUUGGCAAAGAAAGUACAAAUGAUCCUGAAGAUUCUGCGGAUACCAUAAGACAUUAUCAGAGUUCCAAGAAACACUUUGAAGAGAAAAAAAGCAGAUCGUCCUCUUUCAUUUCCUCCAUUGAUGAUGAACAAAAGCCACUCUUCGCAGGAAUAGUAGAUUCCUCUUCAGGAAUAGGGAAAGCAACUGGGCUCGAUUUUGAAGAAACAGUGCCCACCUCAGGAAGAAUUCACAUAGAUAAAAGAAGUCACUCAUGCAAAGAUACCUCUGACACACGGAGCUGGGAACGAGAAAACGGCCUGUCUCAGACUGAAGAGUGUAGUCCGUCAGCACUUCAGCCUGCUGCCUGGGGUAUCUCUGAAACCGAAAGUGACCUCACCUAUGGAGAAGUGGAGCAAAGACUAGAUGUGCUUCAAGAACAACUUAACAGACUCGAAUCCCAAAUGACAGCUGAUAUCCAGACCAUCCUACAGUUGCUGCAGAAACAGACUACAGUGGUCCCCCCAGCCUACAGUAUGGUAACUGCAGGAGCAGAAUAUCAGAGACCCGUCAUGCCCCUGAUGAGGACCAGUCGUCCUGCAGCGUCCUUUAAGACAGACCAGAGUUUCGGACCUUCCUCACAAUGUCCUGAAUUUCUAGACCUUGAAAAAUCUAAACUUAAAUCCAAAGAAUCUCCUUCAAGUGGGGCACAUCUGAACACAGCUUCGGAAGACAACUUGACUUCACUUUUAAAACAAGAGAGUGAUCUCUCUGUAGAGCCUCACGUGCGGCAAAGAAAAACUGACCUUCAUCCAAUUAGACACCCUUCUUUGCCUGAUUCGUCACUAAGCACUGUAGGAAUGCUGGGUCUUCAUAGGCAUGUCUCUGAUCCUGGGCUUCCUGGGAAAUAAUCAUUUUGUACUAUUUACUUCACAUACGAUGUAAGUGCUUUUAAUGGCUGUUUUCCUUUUUGUAUUUAUAUCCUCUCUACUUGACUCAGGGGCUCACAAGGUACCAUUAUAUGCAAUAGUACUGUAUAUUUUCCUAAAUUGACGCUUGUAAGGUAAAACGGAGCACUUAGGAUGUAAAUAUACAUAAGAACUUUUGUUUCCAAAUGUUAAACUGCCAGCAUCUCAA